AUGACUGGUGGCCCGUCUUGGAUGGUUUAUCUCUUUACGUCUACCUCUGUCUUUUCUCCCCUUCCAAACACCCGCACCAUCCUCCCCACCCUGCAAAGCCUCCAAUGGCCCUCCCGCAGGACCCUGACGAAAGCCGCCGGCCCCGCGCCCGCAACACCACCACCGACAUCCCCAACCGACUCUCCCACGCAAACCCUCUCCGAUCAAGUGCGCCUGCUGAUGCGCCGCGUACCGUACCCUGUGGCCAUCAUCACGGCGACCGACCCGCACGACACGCAGCCGGACGACGCCCACGCCUUCCGCGGCAUGACCGUCUCGUCCCUCAACACCGUCACGCUGAGCCCCGAACCCGUCGUCUCGUUCAACGUCAAGCGGCCGUCGGAGACGCUCGCCGCCCUGCAGGCCUCCGGCCGCUUCCUGGUGCAUCUCCUCGCCCCGCGUCCCGCCACCGCCGCCCUGGCCCGCGACUUCGCCCGCGGAAACCAUAAUCUCACCAUCGUCGCCGGUGGCGGGGAGUUCGAGUUCGUGCCGCAUGUGCCGGCCUUAAGGUCGGGAGAAGGCCCGCUUAAACCGCGCCCUCUGCCGCUUCUUCGCCGAAGGAACAUGACGGCAGAAGGGGGAAAGGCCGUGGGGGGUGAGACCCCCGAGACGGUGGAUUUCCCCUUCGUGUUUGAGUGUCGUCUCCAUCCCCACAGUAUCAGAGUCCACGAUCAUACCGUUGUCGUCGGCACGGUGGUCCGCGCGCUGUCCGGCGACCAUCUGCACGACUGCGAUGCGACGACAGCCGCCGCUGAUCUCUGUUUGACAUACCUUACUCCAAUGCACGAAACGAUAUACAUCAUUGCCGAGCAAUACAUCUAG